CUCCACCAACCAUUUCUGCUCGCUCGAGACAUACAGCAGCGCUCCGUGUUCGACCCACGUUCUCCUCGCCCAGGCAUAUGGCACAUACAGCCUCUUAUCUUUCUUCUAUUUGUGUCCCCACUACUCUUUAAAAAUUCCGCCGAAAAAGAGAAGACGAUUUUCCAAAUCAUUCAGGCCGUUAUCUCACGGCUCCCCACUCUCUCUGCUAGUGUAUAAUCGCUACCCAGAAGGCCUAGGGAAGGCCCUCUACCGCGAGCAGUUUGACUUCAACGCUGAGCCGCCUUGGGAUCCUAGUUGAUAGCGGGAGAGGACCAUCUCCCACGUUGUCCAUUUUGUUGCAUACCAAGAAUACCCCAGCGGCUCAGUAAACUCUCUAUGAUUGUCGGAUUUGCGGAAUACGGUUGAGAUGAAAGGAUUUUUUGAUGCACCUAACUACAUAAUUGAACUGCUAGAAGGAGGAACGACCCUCGAAGAUGUCAUCGACAACCACAUCUAUGAACAAAAUCUGGCUGAAAAGAAUGCAUUUGUUGUGGCCGACCUUGGGGCCCUAAUGCGACAGCAUGUCCUGUGGAAGACCACCGUGCCCCUCAUUCGGCCCUUUUACCCGGUCAGUUGCAACAGCAGCCCUGUAGUCAUUGAACUCCUGUCUGCACUCGGCGUUGGUUUCGUUUGUGCAAAUAAGGCUGAAACCACAUUGGUACUCAAUCAUGAUGUUUCUCCAGAGAACAUCAUCCUGUCUGGUGUUUGUAAGCAGCUCUCACUUAUUAAACAUGCAGCCAAGAAUGGCAUUAACUAUCUGGUGUGUGAAAACGAGGCAGAGCUUCGCAAAAUUGCCCGUGCCCAUCCUGACUCCAAGCUUUUGCUACAAUUGGCUACUGAAGCACAGGUGGAAGAGGCGAGCGUGACCAUCGGUUGCUCCCUGAAGGGUUGCAGGCAUCUUAUGGAAAUGGCCAGGGAGUUAAAUGUGGAUGUAGUUGGAGUUAUGUUUCAGGUACCAGCGUCAUGCAGAGAGCCCCAGGUGUACACCCAUGCACUGUCAGAUGCUCGCUGUAUCUUUGAUAUGGGGAAGGAGCUCGGCUUUAACAUGACGAUUCUGAAUAUCGGUGGCGGAUUCAAUGGUUCUGAGUUUCAGUUGAAACAGAUACAUUCUACUGUCGCACCACUGCUUGAGGCCUAUUUCCCCUCAGGGUCUGGAGUGAGUGUCAUCGCUGAACCUGGAAAUUUCUUUGUGUUUUCCUCCUUUACCCUGGCUGUCAAUGUUAUUGGCAAGAAAUCAGUAUACCGGGAUCUCCACAGUGAAAUUCACAAUGAGCUGAGCUCAAGUGACGAACCAGAAUUUGUGUAUUAUAUGAAUGAUGGUGUUUAUGGAUCUUUUGUGGGGAAGUUGUUUGGAAAUAACAUCACCGCACCUUCUGUGAACAAGAUGUCACUCACACUAGAUGAACCAGUGUUCUCCAGCAGCUUGUGGGGUCCCUCAUGUGACGCUCUAGACCAGGUGGUGGAUCGUUGCCUUCUCCCUGAGCUCUCUGUAGGGGAUUGGCUCAUUUUCAGAAACAUGGGGGCCAGCGGUCAGGAGGGCUCAGCACCCCUCUGUGACAUGGAUCAACCACCUGUGUAUUACACCAUCUCCACAGAUGACUGGUUUGAGAUGCAGGAGGCUGGGAUCUCACUUGAUGACACCAAGAAAAACUUCUCAUUGGUCCAGUAUGGCUUGUAACCCAGCCAAAAUCCGUCCCCCUUACCACUUGGCAUGUUAAAAGCUUGCAGUCAACAUUCCAACAGUCAUGGGUGGAAAACUUGUAUAGGUUUGGUAGGGAGGAAAAGGCUUGAUAUUUUUGGGCAAACUAAUUGAUUGACAUCGUUACCUCAGUUUAUUACACUUACAUAAAGGCUCACUUUCCUUAGCAAACAAAAACAGCGGUGGAAAACUCAUAUUAAAUAACAUGCAACAAAAUGGACGACUGUGGAGAUGGCACCCAAACCCUGGGUUUCUUAAUCGAACACCGUUUACAUAAAUGUUCAACUAAUUUAAUUUUAUGAUGUAUACAUAUGUAGAUCUAGAUGACCUACUGACAGUCUUGUAAAUGAGUUGUCUGUCUGUAUAACAUGAUGCAUUUGUCUCAAAAGUCAUUUCAAUUAGAGUAGAGUUAGUAUCUGCACAAAUAGGCCAUGGCCUUUUAGUAUGCAGGUAAGUGGAAAAAUUGGUUUAGCAAUUCUGGACUUGUUCAUCUUUUACAAUUUCCAUGGUUUUAUAGAAUUAGGGAGCGUGCCAUUGCUCCUCAUGCCAAAUUAUUGUUUCCUCAUUACGUAUUGCGUUAUGUGACCGUGUUUUUAAGGUUGUUAUAUAUCUCAUAGUGCUCUAUGGUGGAGUAUACUGUGAUAUGAAUUGUCCCCUCGAAAAGUUUUUUUUCUCUUAUAAUUAGACAUCCUGGGAUGGAGGAACCUCUUACCAAAAAGUAAACUACAAAUGUUUUUCUCCACUAAAAUGCUUUCAGGCAAUAAUUAUCAAUACGAAGUUGAUAUUAAAGUGUAUAUUGCAAAUGUAUGUAUUAUCCUGUGUGUCAAGCACAGUUAAAUGUGAUUUUGAUUAUAACAUGGUUUUUAUAAAAUCACAACCCUCUGUAAUGAAAUAACCAUUGGCACUAACAGACCAUUGCCUGUCUUUGACUAUACAAUUACGCUUCUAAAAGUAAUGAAAAUUAAUUGAAUACAUUUCCUUUGAGCAAAUACUGUUGUUGAGUCUUUCUU